AUGAAAAAACGGCACAAAUCCAAAUCAGCUCAAGCUGCAGCAGAACGUGAUAUUGAACUUUAUGUCCGAUUAGAAUUUGAUGAUCAACCUAUUGUCGAAGAAUAUAUUCUACGAAAUGCAAUUGAACGAUCAAUAAAUAUACUUUUCGGCGAGAUUGGUAGUCAAUCAAUUCAUGUUGAAAUUGUUUCAUUCAGAUAUGGAACAGCAACAAUUCGUACUAAAGCAAAGAUGUUAAAUCAAGUUCGUUGUGCUUUAUCAUUUUAUGGAUUACAUGAUAAACGUGAAUGUGCUUUUCGUAUUGAUACUAAAACAGAAGAAGGAGGCAAUAACGAUGAUGAUGAUGACGAUGAUGAAGGAUCACUUAUAAUGCCAAUAGACUGA